GUAAGAAGACAGACCCGGUCGGUCGUUGUUAUUGCAGUAGCGCGUCCGCUCUUCGACCAAUCCAUAGCGUAACACGCGUGUAAGUGUAAACGGAAGUUGAACAGUGAUAGAAAAAUAUCAGUAGCCCGCUGAAUUCGUAUCACUGACAAAAUUCAAAUUACGCAUGCACUAGCUGACGGGUACGUUUAACCGGGCGCACGUGACCGCUCAACGGAAGGAGCAACUGUACACCGGUUCGGUCGUUUAUUUAAUGACAUUACCAGUUUUAAUUAAUCGCGCCGCUUUGACGACACCAACGCCGAUCAACGCGUUUAUCUGUUGAGAUCGCUUUACCGAAGUCGGAGUGUUUUAUUACACCGCUGCUUACUACCACCAUCACCACUAAUUUUUGAUACAACAUAAAUUACCAAGUACACUUAAGUCAAUUUUUGUGUUAUAAACACAUCAUCACGCUUUAAACAUUACUGAUCAGAUUGGAUGCAGACCGGAAUUAUUUACAAGUACCAUCGAUAAAAAACAUUUAAUAGAUGAACCGUGGUGCCCAAACUCGUUUGUUAGACGAACCCUCAAAUUUUCUUGAACCUCCAAACAUGAAAACCGAAGAAAUGAUACAAAACCAACAACAGCGCAACAUGUUAGCUGAAGCUAUAGCUUCAUUACCCCAAGUACCUCAGAACCUAUCAGCUCUAGCCUUAUUUCAUCAGUUACCUAUAUUAUAUCAACAGCACUAUCAGCAUAUGUUACAAUCCAGAAUUUUACCUUAUCUUCAGGAAUCGCUUAGGCUACAAAGUGCUGUUAACUAUCUAGACACCAAACCUCAGUUACCACAAAUUCCAAUAUUUGAUCAACCAGUCGUUGAGCCAUCUUCAAUUAUUGAUAUGGGCUGUAACGAAAAACCACCUUAUUCUUACAUUGCUUUAAUUGCUAUGGCCAUUACAUCAACCCCCAACCAGCGAAUGACUUUAAGUGAGAUAUACAAUUACAUCACAGAUAAAUUUCCGUACUACAGAAGAAACAGACAAGGAUGGCAAAAUUCUAUAAGACACAACCUCAGUCUCAACGAUUGCUUUAUCAAAAUACCCAGAAGUCGUACUGGCAUGGAUGACAAUAUGGGAGGCGGAAAAGGAAGCUAUUGGACCUUAGAUCCCGUAGCUGCUGCUGAUAUGUUUGAACGAGGCAAUUACAGGCGACGAAGGAUGCGCAGACACAGGCCAUACCAACAACAAACUAAUCAACAAGAUGCAAAAACGUUGUUACCGCAGACACACUUUUCGUAUCCCGAAUUUCAAUUGACUAGGCCUAGUCUAAUAGAUAAGCAACAACCAGACACCGUAUCUUCACACAAUCUGGCAUUUCACAUAGAAAACCUUAUACAAAAAAAUCAUACGGGUGAGAUACCUCAAGAAGAAACAGUUUCUUCUAGCAAUAUUCAUAAUAACAAUGAUCAAGAAGAUCAUUCAACGACGGAAUCCUCAACAAAAUUAAUAAUUAUUAAUGACCAAGAUGACGAUAAUGGUGGCAUUAGGCGUUAAUAGUUGUUGUUGUUUUGCUCUAUUGUUAUAAACAAAUGAUAAAUUUACCUGAUUUUUUGCUAAAGGGCACUUUUACUCGGAUAUUGUACGAUAAUACAAUUAUCGUAUACAUUUUAAUGCAACAUAAAUUAUGCUAUGUGCGCAAUUCAAUGAUCUAAAUUUUUCAUUUUAGAACAAUAUUGAAGUGAUCUUAGAGAUUUAAUAAUGUUGCAUGUAGUCAUAAAAACCAAUAUAUUUAGAAAAAAGGCCCAAAGUAGUAAUCAUUAUCAAGUAUAAAUUUGUAUAACGAGCAGCAAGAAUUACAUUUUUAAUUACUAUGUAAAUAUUUAUUUUAUGAAUUGUUUAUGUUUUUCUCUUAGAUAUAAUUAUUUACCUCUUACAUAAUUUGUUAAAUAAUAAAGCCUUUGUAAAUUA